AAGGUCUCUGGAACCACGCAAGUUGCGAAAGCCAAAAGGCGGAAAAGAACAGCCAGGCCAAGAACAACAACGCCUGUGGUGGUCAGUUUCGCUGGAAUGAUGAGACGUCGUUGGAGUACCUUAUCGAGCUUUGGGAGCGUGACGUCGACAGACUUACGUCCAGCCGUACGGAGACCUGCAAACGGAAUGAUUCACGCUUCAGAGAGCUCAUCGAAGCUCAACCCAACUUCAGCUGGUAGGUUAUCCUCACCAAAAUCAAUAACCAGACGAAUUUGUGGAAGGCCGCCGAGAAGCUUAGAUUCAGCACGGGUAACGGUGAUUUGCGUGAAGCAGAGCCUAGGCAGGUGCUUCAGAAGAAGUUCAAACGCUACUUUCCACUUGAGCCUAUCCUAGGUGCACGUCAUGGUCUCAGACCACUCGCUAUUUCACUCGACGGAAACAUCAUGGUUUCGGUAGAUGACGACGCAGACGAUUUGCACGACGCACGAUCACGCUAAC